ACCAACAUUAUUAUUAAACAAAAAUAUAGACCACUUGAGAGAGAAAGUCACAAGUAUGUAUGUCAACUCGAUCUACCUACCACCUUAAUUUAGCUACGGAGUGUGUCUAAUAAACAACCUUAUAUAACAACCUAAGUAAUAUCUACCAUUCUUACAUCUCAUCUUAAGUUUCUCUCUUAAACCAUCUCACCACAAUUCUCUCUACUUUCUCUGUCUCUAUCUACAUCGAUCACCAGCAACUAAUAACUAUGGCUAGUGAAACUGUUUUGGUUGAUGAAAUCUCUUACCCUUCAAAGAUCACUACUAACAAACCCCUUUCUCUCCUUGGUCAUGGGAUUACCGACAUGGAGAUCCAUUUUCUCCAAGUGAAAUUCUAUUCAAUUGGGGUUUAUUUGGAACCUGAAGUAGUAAACCACUUGCAACAGUGGAAAGGUAAGCCUGCCAAGGAAUUGGAAGACAAUGAUGACUUCUUUGAUGCUCUCAUAUCUUCUCCUGUGGAGAAGGCAAUUAGACUUGUUGUGAUUAAAGAGAUUAAGGGUGCACAGUAUGGUGUUCAGAUUGAGACUGCUGUUAGGGACCGUUUGGCAGCCGAUGACAAAUAUGAGGAUGAAGAAGAAGAAGCUUUGGAAAAAGUAAUUGAAUUUUUCCAGUCUAAGUACUUCAAGAAACAUUCAGUCAUCACAUAUCAUUUCCCAGCAAACUCUCCAACUGCUGAGAUAGUGGUAUCUUUGGAAGGAAAAGAAGACUCAAAGUAUGUAAUAGAGAAUGCCAAUGUAGUAGAGACUAUUAAGAAAUGGUAUCUUGCUGGCUCAAGGGCUAUAUCACCUUCAACCAUUUCAUCCUUGGCUAACCAUCUCUCAGAGGAAUUGUCCAAGUGAAGAAAAUCUCGUGGUGUGUAAUGUAAUAUUGAGAAUCUAUGUUCUUUGUUGCUAUUUUGUAUUAAUUGGAAUUUUUUCCACUCUGUUUGCGGAAUUCUGCUUUUUAACUUAUUGGAAUAAUGUUAAUCUUGUGAGACAUAUCAAAUUCAUGCUUGCUCAAUAAAUUGAUAUUCUUUAUGGAAA